UGCAGAGCUCCGGGACAGGAUGUGGAGUCACUGCAGGAUCGUACAGCCCCCCUAUUCUUGACAGAGCUGCGUGCGUCUGCAUGAGCACCUCGUCUCUGGAGAAGAUACACUGUCGAACCGGAUCGCUUUGUGGCAUCUGGAAAUCUCAGUGUUCCCGAGCCCUCUACUUGAGAGUAAAUCUAAACCCAGAUUCAGGUGAUGGCUCACCUCUGGACUCUCCUGUCAGCAGGCCUGCUGCUGAUGCCCAUGGCUGAACCUCUGAGCAGCCCUGAGGAAAAUGACAACAAGUUAGUGAAACACACAGUGUUCACUAAGAGCCAGACCCACGUGAACGAGAGUGCACUCAGAAAUGUCAGUGAACCAACACCAAGCCACGCACCUACAACCUCAGCUCCUUUGACUACCACAACUUCCCCAAACUCUAGCCUUGCUCCACAGUGUCCAGGAAACCAGCUGAUGCAUGAGAGCAGCAAUGUCUGCAUCUGUCCAUCCAUCAUGGUAAAGGAUGGUGACAACUGUACUUGCCCCAAGGGCUUCACCUUGGAAGGAGCAGCCGAGUGUAAAGAUGUUGAUGAGUGCGAAGGAGAGAGACCAGGACCAUGUGGCCUCCAUGCCAGCUGCAUUAAUAACCCCGGCUCUUACUCGUGUAGCUGUCUCCGUGGUUACCUGAUGGGUUCUGAGGGGUGCCAGGAUGUUGACGAGUGCGCUUUGGCCGCUGUGACAGGCCUGCAAGCCUGUCAAGGCGAGGCUGAGUGCAAAAACACACCUGGCUCCUUCACCUGUUCGUGCCCUGAGGGAUAUGUAAUGGCUACAAAUGGGCGAGGCUGUGUAGAUGUGGAUGAGUGCGGCUUUGAGGAGCUGUGUCGCCGCGAGCUGGGAAAUGUGUGCGUUAACACUCCUGGCAGCUUUUCAUGCCAGUGCCAGCUGGGCUUCAGAGCAGAGACUCCUGCCUGUGUCGAUGUGGAUGAAUGUAUAGAGAGUCCCGUGGUGUGUGAUGGUCGGAGCGUAUGUGAGAACACGCUUGGGAGCUACAAGUGUGUUUGUCGACCGGGUUACCGGGGAAACGGCACACACUGUGAAGAUGAGAAUGAGUGUGUAUCUGGUGGUCACACGUGUGACGCCAACGCUCGGUGCGGUAACAUCAUCGGGUCGUAUUUCUGUCAGUGUUACCAGGGCUUCAACGGCGAUGGACACUCUUGUUUUGACAUUGAUGAGUGCAUUGUGAACAAUGGUCACUGUGAACACAACUGCACCAAUGAGCCAGGAAGCUACAGCUGCCAGUGUGCCUCGGGUUACCAGCUGGACCCGGACGGACACAGCUGCACAGAUGUGGAUGAGUGUGUGGGACUAAAUGGGACUUGCGAGCACAUUUGCAUCAAUACUCAGGGCUCUUUCCACUGCUCCUGCAGACCCGGCUACCAGCUGCACAUUGAUGGCCACACCUGCGUGGACAUCGAUGAAUGUAAACUCCAGAAUGGCGGCUGUUCCCACACCUGCACUAAUUCUCCAGGGGGACAUAUUUGCCACUGCCCCCCUCCUCUGCUGUUAGACAUAGACAACCUAAACUGCAGGAAUGCUACAUCCUGUAAGCUGAGAAAUGGUGGUUGUGACCAUAUGUGCACUGUAAGGGCUGAGGGCCAUGUUCAGUGCAGCUGUCAAGCUGGCUGGCAACUGGACAGAGACGCGAGGAGCUGUGUGGAUGUGAACGAGUGUGAGGACUUCACUAAUGGAGGCUGCGAGCAGCUGUGUGUGAACCAUCCUGGUGGGUUUAACUGCACCUGCAAGGAGGGCUAUAUAAUUAGAAAAGAUGACCCCACCAAGUGCCAGCCUGUGUGCGACCCCCCUUGUCAGAACUAUGGAGUGUGUGUUGGCCCGAACAUUUGCGACUGUCCUCCAGGCUAUCCUGGAGUGGGCUGCUCAGCCAUGUGCUCCCCUCCCUGCGCUCAUGGAGGUACCUGUAUGCGCUGGAACGAGUGUUUGUGUCCUCGUGGCUGGACAGGAGCAGGCUGCCACACAGCUGUGUGUGAGUUGCCUUGUGCUAACGGUGGUCGCUGUGUGGGACCUGAUACCUGCCAGUGUCCCUCUGACUACACUGGCCCCCAGUGCCUCUUGCCCCUUUGCACUCCUGCCUGUCAAAAUGGGGGAAGAUGUGUGGACGUCAACAAAUGCACAUGUGUUGGAGGAUGGCAAGGAGCUCGAUGCCAGAUAGAGCCUGUUGUGUGCCAGAAACCUUGCAAAAAUGGUGGCGUGUGUGUGGGCCUCAACCGGUGCCGCUGUACCAAAGGUUUCACUGGAGAGCUCUGUGAACAAGCGGUGACUACACCCUGUGUGCCACCCUGUCAACAUGGAGGCACAUGCAGCCCUCACAACACUUGUACCUGUCCAGAGGGCACUGCAGGCCUGCGCUGUGAGAGACUGACGUGCCCAGUGGUCACUACAGUAGUGAGUAUGGCUCGAGGGGUGAGGAAAGCAUUUAGGGAAAGCUACGUUGACCGCUGUGGACCCUUCGGAGUUCAGCUUUGUACUAAAUACAGGAUAAACCAGGCACGUGUAUACCUGCAGGCCUACAGGGUGGGCUACAAAAUCCAGUGUCCACAGUGGAAGAGCAGAUAAGCAGCGCUGGAUACAGUGAAAGUGGUUUGUCAUAAGAAAAUGUCAUCCUCCAGACAAUCUUUUGGCCAACAGAGGAAGAUAGAAGUGGGCUGAUGUAACAUCAUAUGUAAAGUGCUGAGGGUGUUGCAGCUUCUCUGGGAGAAGUCUUACCUGAUUAUCAGCCUCUGUGUUGAAAUUAAAUUACACUUCUGUCAUAAAGGUUUAUAAUGUCUAUGAAAUCAUG